AUGCUUAGGCUGAUAAAUAUUGUUUCAUUUGUACUUGCAGCUUCUACGCAAGAUGAACUGGCAGAAUUGUACAGUGAAAGCGUGUCCGAUAACGGUGUUCUGAAGUGCAAGUGUCCUCAAGUUUUAAGGAGACUUGUUUACAACUACUUCAUAUGGUGUUGUGGAAAUGAAUGCGAAAAGUGUAGAGUGAAACUACAGGUAGAGAUCAAGAAGUUAGUUGAAAAGAAUGAAGACAAGAAAGUGAGGGCAAAUCCAGAUUGUGAUGGUGAAGGUGACAGCAAUGCUCCGAAUUCCUCAUCAUUGACUAAAAAGGAACAAAAGAAGGCCUGA